CGCUGUACUGCAGACAGCUGCUGCCGUCCGGGGAUCGUCUCACUCAGACCCAUCUCGGAAGCGAGAGAGGAAGCUUAGGACGCUAGGUGGUCCGGUCUUCAAGUACUAGAGAAGCCGUCGAAGAAAUUAUGAGAGGAUAGUGGAUUUGGAUUCUGCUCCUACAGCGCAGAGGAAAAGUGGACCCUGAAAGGGCUUCUUUCUCAGGGGGACUGUGGACACUGGGCUUGGAACCCAGAACCUGUCAGCUGACAGUCAAACACCCCAACCACUAGAUACAUAUCAGUUAUGCUGUAAUUUCACACCGUCUGACAUGAAGAAGGACAUUGAGACGCUGAUAGCAGAGGAACGUGCUGAGAUCAUCACCAAAUAUGACAAGGGCAGGGAGGAGGGCGUGGACCCCUGGGAGGAUGCGGACUACAAGGUCUACAAAGUCACCGACCGCUUCGGCUUCAUGCAUGAGGAGGAACUGCCCAGACCCAGUGCCAUGGAGGAGAAGCAAAACCAACUGGAGGCGGAGCGUGCAGAGAAGUGGGUGAAGAUGGGGAAGAAGUGGGACAAGUACAGACACAGCGAUAAGAUGGCGAAGCGUGUCUACAAGGGCAUCCCUCUGAAGCUCAGGAGCCGCGCCUGGGCUCUGCUGCUGGACCUGGACCGCGUCAAGCAGGACAACCCCGGGAAGUACAAGAAAAUGAAGCUGCAGGCACGGAGCUUCUCCACUGAGAUCAAGCAGAUUGACCUGGACGUCAACAGAACCUUCCGGAACCACAUCAUGUUCCGGGAGCGCUUCGGGGUCAUGCAGCAGGCCCUGUUUCAUGUCCUUGCAGCCUACUCUGUCUACAACACGGAGGUGAGCUACUGCCAGGGGAUGAGCCAGGUGGCCGCCAUCCUCCUCAUGUUCCUCAACGAGGAGGAGGCCUUCUGGGCCCUCUCUCAGCUGCUCACCAACACCAAGCACGCCAUGCACGGGUUCUUCAUCCCCGGGUUCCCCAAACUGCAGCGCUUCCAGAGCCACCACGACCUCAUCCUGUCCAAGAUGCUGCCCAGGCUGAAGAAACACCUGGACAAGGAGCAGAUGAUGACUGGGAUCUACACCACCAAGUGGUUCCUCCAGUGCUUCAUCGACAGGACCCCGUUCACGCUCACCCUGCGGCUGUGGGACGUCUACAUGCUGGAGGGGGAGAAGGUCCUCAGUGCCUUCGCCUACACCGCCCUCAAGCUGCACAAGAAGCGGCUCCUGAAGCUGCAGCUGGAGGACCUCCGGGAGUUCAUCCAGGAGGAUCUGGGCGUGUCCUUCUAUCUGCCCGACGACACGGUGGUGGAGCAGCUGCACGCCUCCAUGGAGGAGCUCCGCAGCAAGAAGCUGGACCUCCCGCCUCCAGCCAAAUCAGAAGAGCUGCCCAAACAGCCCCUGGGCCUGGAGAGACCGGUGCUCCUGCUGCCCCUACAGCCGGACCCCUCCACCCAGGACCCCCACCACCACAGCGAGCCCCCCUGCACCGUCAACCACGACCAGAAGCCUCCUCCUGGGAGGCCUCCAGAGUCCAACGGCCCCCCUCCUGGGCCCUUCCCCCCAGUCCUGCCCUCCCCAGACCCGGUCGUCGUUCACAAGCCGGUCCCUGACCCUUGGCCGGCCUCGGGGCCCUCCGGACCCCCUCCCAUCCCAGCCAAGACCGGCGUGGCUAGACCCGGGCCGGGGGGGCCGGCGGCGUGCGACGUGAAGGCGGGGAGGAGGAGGAAAGACGGCCGGCCCGGAGGCCCCCCCGGCGCGGGGCAGGAGGAACCGGGGGACUGGCCGCCUCCCCCUUCGUACCAGGCUCCUCCUCCUCCUCCUGGGGCCCUCGCCUUGCUUGAGGAGGAUCUCCCGGAGCUUCCCCCUCCCCCGAUGUGCUAUGAGGAGCUCCACCCCCAGACCCCCGUGGCGGCCCCUCCCCCGGCGGCGGCCCCUCCCCCUCCGGCGUUCCCGGCGCAGUUGCGCCGGCCCACGCCGCCCUCGACCCUGAACCUGGGGCGGGCGGGCGAGCUGGCCCCCCCGCGGGCCCCGCUCCCCCUCUUCUCCCCGGCGUUCCCGCCCUCAUCCUCGUCCCGACUGGCGGCGCCGCCGCCGUCGUCGUCCAAGCCCACCAUGUUCCCGGUGUCCCUGUGCGUGCCGGCCCCGCCGGGGGCCCGCCGGCCCUCCAACGCCUCCCAGUACGACAACCUGACGGACGGCGAGGACGAGGAGCGCGGCCUGGAGAGGCUCCUGGGGGCCACGCCCCCGCAGGGCCCCGCCCUGAGCUCCACGCCGGAGGAGGAGGGGCUUGCGUCGUCGUACGGCCGGCCCCCUCGGCUCGGCCCGGACGGGAGCCGCCCCUACGACCCCGCGACGUACCCCCUCCCGCCCCCUCCGGCCGCCGUCUCCCCCCCCUCCCCUCCGUCGUCGUCGUGGUCGAGCCUGCUCCCGCCCUCCCCCUGCGCCCUCCCCUUCCUGCCCCAGGAGCCGGCGUAUGACGGACAGGACAGCUGGGUGGAGCACGCCGUGUUCCCGCCCCCGCCCCCCUGCUUCGCCGACCGCCCCUCCCCCCCGCACCAGCUCAGCUGCCACAGACUGUCGGACGCCCAGCGGGACGCCGCCGCCGCCGCCUCGUCGUCGUCGUCGUCAUCGACGACGACAUCAAGGGGCCCCAGGGGCCACUCGGUGUUCCCGGCGCCCCUGCUCUACACGGGGCACGCUCGGCCCCCGGCCCAGGGGCCCGUGGUGCUGGGGCUCGGGGUCCGGUCCAGCCCAGACUUUAACAGGAUGCACGCAGAGGGACAGCAGCUUCCCAAAUCAGUGACCUUCUGAGUCGGCUCUCGGACCGGACGUGAACGUUGGGUUUGUUCUCUGAAGCAUCAAGCUUUACAGAGUCGGUCGCUUCUUGUACAAAGAACAUUGUUAAUUCGGGAACAGAUAAGGGCUCAAGUACGGCCAGUAUUUUUCUUUUUAUUCAUUUUGUGUUGAAUAACGUGUUUCUUUUCACUUGGUUCGUACCUCGUUGUUUGGUUCUUCCAUCGUCUCCUAAGGGCAGUUAGACUUUUUGUACAUUCUUUCACUUGAACUUUAAAUUGUAUUUAAAACCGUUGUCUCUUUGUUACCCAAUGCCUCAUGAAUACAGACGCACACGCAACAUUGGCUUGUCCCUGCUGGUUAAUGUGUUCAACCCAAUGUGGUUUUCAUUACACUGGAACCAGGAAAUCCUAUGCCAGCCCCAGUCAGUAUUCAGCCAAUACCCUCAAUUAUCUGUUCUCUUUUUUUAUUUUGGUAACAACAAAGUGUCUUAACAUGGAGAACGAGUAGCACGCCUUAACUCGAGGGCUUCGGAGUAUCUUCGCCCUGGCUCAGUUCCUGGGCCUGCAGCUAGGGCAUCGACUGAAGUCGUGUUUGAGUUGUAUAACGGAGCUAGUUCACAACAGCAAUUCACCACUCCUCAUCUGCAAAGAGACGUUUGGUGACCCUUAACACAGAUCAACACGUCUAACUGCUGAAUCAAACGACAGAGCGAGAGGCACAAAGUGUUCACAUCUAGUCUUAAAAAACGUGCGACAUCAGACAGGAUAUCCUGGGUGUUCGCUGCUGCAGCUCUGUCGCAACAGAUCAAAGAGACGGAAAGUGGACCCAUGUUUUAUAACCGUGGCGGUUUCUUCUUCAGUGCGUCCACCUUGUCCUGCUUGUUUAUUUAUAUCAUACCUUCAGAAUUGUAUACAACAGCCUCCAUGCUACUCUUCAGGACAUAUCGCGGCGUAGAUUAUGAUAUUUUGUGUUGUCGAUUUAGGGCAAGCCUAUGCAGGGGUAAGAAUAGGACUACACUGAGGACUGGGUGAACACAGGUCAAAUUUGGAUGUACGUCAUUACCACUUCGCCCAAACCCUAGUGUAGCGUGUCCUUUCAAUGUACAGAACCGUAGUGCCAUCUAGUGGGGAAAGAGGCACAAGUCAAAGAGAUGGGGAGAACGUUAGGGUGGCACUGACGAUUAUGUAACACUAAAACUGAACAGUUGGGCAGAUAACUGGGAUUCAGAAAGUUUGUUCGGACCUAUGCAUUUGGUUAUCCUUUUAAAGGGAAUGUUUAAAUGAAGUGCUGUGUUGAAACAGACACUCGCACACCAUUUCUGUGCUCAUUAAAUGCACACGGCAGGAAUAUAAAUAGGACAUAUAUAUUGUAUAUAUACACGUGGUACUUGGUGCUGUACAUGGAGACUGUUCAUUUCAAAAACUGUAAUUUAAACCGUUUCAGUUCAUAUAAGCAAUCACAACAAGCAAAGUUUUACUGAGAAAUGGAAGUUCAGCCAUGACAUGUAAUUUGUUCUGUUCAUUGAAUUGCUUCUCCUGUACAUCAGCUUUGCUUGACUUUUCACUCGCACCAAAACCUUCGAUCCAAUCAGUCGAUUCAACUGCAGUUAAUUAAAAGCACUGUUUGAGUGA